AUGGAAGCUCCAGAGCAAGUCCCUCAAAUGAAAGUUUGCAAGUGUGUUUAUGAACACAAGAAUAAGUUCACUUAUAUAGCAAUUCCCAUGAAUCUUGAUUACUUCCAGGCAAAAAGCUUGGAAGCGGAGGGUUUUUCUGCAAAACAGGCAGAAAGCAUAGCAAGUGAGCUUGCCGAAAACUUCGUCUCCAAAGCUGCGACGCAACAAUCUGCUACGGUUCAUGAUGCUCACUUCAGUGCCUUCAAAUGGGAAAUGAAGUGCUUACAGGACAAUCAGUUGUUGAUGCUAAAGCAGGAACGCCAGAAGCUGAAAAGUGAUCUGGAACAAAAGAUAAGAAGCCUAGAAUCCAAUUUAGAGAAGAAGCAUGCCGAGUUGGCUGCAUAUGAAGCUGCUGCAACAGCAGAAAUGAAAAACCAGUGUGACAUGGAAAUUUAUAAGCUGAAAGGCCGAAUGGACUCCUGGGAUGCUAAAUGGGCAGCCCAACUGGAAGGAGUGAUGGCAAACGUGGAAGCUGCAACGUAUGAGGUGAAGAAGUAUUGUAUCGGAGCCAUUAUAUCAGCAGGAAGUCUUGCUAUCGGGGCCAUCUGUAUGACGGCCUGUGGUUUUAUGUGAACUGAUUCAUCGUUGUAUGUGAAGGUAGGUUGAAUUGGACAAUUGGUUGUAAGUUGUGCAGGGGGGUUUUGAUUUUGGAAAUGAGUCUGGUAGGUAGGGUUUGAUAUUAGGUUUGUGACAUUUUACUCUUUAAAGAUACAUCUAUCUCAGUUUCCACCAACGCAUCUUUUAAAGAUUUCUUGUUAUCAUGAUCAACAAUCACUUUUUCCUGGUUGGUUCUUUGACUUUCGGUCAGCA